UUUAAUGUUUUCGGUGACUUGAGGUGCAGCCAAAGUAUCUUCAAAGAGCCGUAUGUGGCUCGCGAGCCGCGGUGUGCCGACCUGUACCUACAAAACCCUCUCUUCCAAAAAAGUUGUCUCAUGAUUUGAGAAGUCACAGUCACUCAACAGUACGACCUACUACCUCAACCUUUGCCUCAUGGGCAGCUAUGGGCACCCAUGGACAGUGACGGGCGCCUCGUGUUCUGGAAGGGAGGGGUGUGGGAGGGGGGAGCUCCUACUCUGAACUGCAACACCUGCAAGAAACGAAGAGCUGAUAGGAUGAGCGCUAAUGAGCGGCCUCCGGGUGAGUUGAAGAAGCUCUCGGAGGAGAGUCUCACUCGGCAGCCGGAGGAGGUGUUCGACAUCAUCUGCAAGCUUGGAGAGGGUUCCUAUGGAAGCGUUUAUAAGGCCCUCCACAAAGAAAGCGGGCAGGUCCUCGCCAUCAAGCAAGUGCCAGUGGACACGGACCUGCAGGAGAUCAUCAAGGAAAUCAGCAUCAUGCAGCAGUGCGACAGCCCUUACGUCGUCAAAUACUAUGGCAGCUACUUCAAGAAUACCGACCUCUGGAUCGUAAUGGAAUACUGCGGUGCAGGCUCCGUCUCCGACAUCAUGAGGCUCCGCAAGAAGACCCUAUCUGAAGAUGAAAUAGCGACCAUACUGUGUGACACGCUCAAGGGCCUGGAGUACCUGCAUCGGCGACGCAAGAUCCACCGCGACAUUAAGGCGGGGAACAUUCUCCUCAAUACUGAGGGUCACGCCAAACUGGCUGACUUUGGAGUCGCUGGACAACUUACUGACACAAUGGCCAAACGCAACACAGUAAUCGGAACCCCUUUCUGGAUGGCACCGGAAGUGAUCCAGGAGAUCGGCUACGACUGCGUGGCCGACAUCUGGUCGCUCGGCAUCACGGCGCUGGAGAUGGCGGAGGGCAAGCCGCCCUAUGGCGACAUACACCCCAUGAGGGCCAUCUUCAUGAUACCGACCAAACCGCCGCCGUCCUUCAGAGAACCAGACCAAUGGUCGCCAGAAUUCAUCGACUUUGUCACACAGUGCCUUAUAAAGAACCCGGAGGAGAGAGCAACGGCCGAGUAUCUGCUAACACACGAGUUUAUUGGUAACGCGAAACACCCAUCGAUAUUAAGCAGUAUGAUAGCCGAGGCGAGAGAAAUACGAGAAACACAGGCGUUUAGGCAACAACCCACUGUCACGCCGGACGGCAAAAUCAUUGCUGGCGCUGGCGAGGGUUACGACGACGCAACAAUGAAGAAACGGGACGAGGGCACUCUAGUGCCCACGCGAGAUGGCACCGAGCUGACCCACGAUCUCGGCACUAUGGUUAUUAAUGAGCCCGACGCGGACCUCGCCACCAUGAAACGCCACGACACAGACCCAAUGGACACCAACCGGCCGAAAUACCGUCCGCUGUUCCUCGAGCAUUUCGAGAAGAAGGAAGUGAACCAUCUCAACAUUGGCACGGCCAAUGGCACACUCACUGGCCCCCUAAGGUUACCUGGAGAUGACACCGUCAGGGCGGAAGGUAUAGUAGGCGAAGCGGGAGCCCUAGCCUUCCAACGCGCUUUAGUCGAAGACGGCAACAUGGAAUUCCUAACCUUCCUAUCAGUGUCCGAGCUAGAAGCCCGCAUGGAGCGCCUGGACUCGGAGAUGGAGGCCGAGAUCGAGCAGCUCCGCGCGCGCUACAACCACAAGCGGCAACCGAUCCUUGACGCUAUCGACUUGAAGCGUAAGCGGCAGCAGAACUUCUAGAAUGUGCUGCUAGUUUUCAUUCUGUGCUGACAAAGGAGUAAGUGAUGUGUCAAUACAAAGGGCUCUAUUUGCCUAAAGUGUUAGGCCGUUGAGAGGCCAAAUGUAUGAGAUUAAGAUCAAUAUUCAAUCCAUGCUCAGAGUAAACUACAAAAGAACUACGAUGUUGAGGGUCCAUGCUCAAGCGUAAACUACAAAAGAACUACGAUGAGUUGAGUUGAGGGUUUACAUAUACGUGUCAAGUUUACAAAGGGCUGUUGAACUGAUCUUAUGUAAAAGUGUUGAGUUGUUGAAAGGAGUUGUAAAAAUUGCACCGAAUAUGUUGUCUCUUCUGACAUUAGUUGACGGAGUCGUCAACCGUAAGCGACAAUAGGACUUUUAAUGAAAUCUCUCUGACCUCUAAAAAAAGGUCUGAAAAAUGACCUCUAACGUUUUGAGAACGGCAUUAACUCCGUGGUCUCGCACUCCGAACGUCGGAGGUAAUUUUAAAGUUUAAGGAUCAGUUGCACCUUACUGUUUGUCAUCGUUAAAGAGUUAGCUGAAUUUUACUGUAUUAGACAGUUUCAUACUAAACCGCCACGGCGCGCCGGGUGACGUUGAUUAGUCUGUCUAGUGCGGAUGGUGCAACUGGCACUAAGUAUACGGGAUUAAGUCCCGUUAAAAUAAAUGAUAAUGUGUGAAAAUCGUGAAAGUUUAAAUCAGGAUUUCGAGGAGUUAAUUACAGUUUGGUGCCGUGACCAGGAUUCCUAAAUUAACUUUUCGGCACUACUUUGAAAAAAUCUCGUAUCUCGCACUGCUACUCAAAGUUGAAAGGCUAUUAAGUCUGUAUGGAUCACAUACAUAUAUUUCGUUUUUUUUAGCAUUAGAAAGAACUUGAAAGAAGGUAAGCGAUCUUGACAUGUCUUUGAAUUGAAAGACGCUUUUUAAUCUGUAACUAUUACUUAUGAAAGUAGAACAAUAUAAAUGAUCGUAAUAGAUUCAUAAUUAUUACAUAUUUGCCGUAACUUAUUUAUAAAAUGUGUUUUUCAAUUAAAAGACACAUCAAGAUUGCUUACCUUAUUUCUAAUGCUAAAAAAACCGAACUAUAGAUGCUACAAUUGUCAUUUGAUUGACAGAACAAGAAAAGAGAUUUUUUCAAAGUAGUGCCAUAUUGUUUAUAUUGCAUUUAUUUGUGAAUACAACGUGUUAUCAGUUUAAAUAAAUCAAUGAUUAAAUUUCGGCGACUAAUAUGCUCCAUUUUUCGAAAAAUGUAUGAAUUAUUAUUUUAUUUAUUAAAAUGUCGCUUCUUAUUUUUACGCCGGUCUGUACAGUCGCCAUCAGAUAUAUCGGAGCGGCCAAGGUGUUCACAAUAUCUGAGCACGCACUCUAACGCCUUGACAAUAGAAGCGUGCUCAGAUAUUUGUGAGCGCCUUAGCCGCUCCGAUAUAUAUGAUGGCGACUGUACAAAAACCAUGCGUCACGGUAGGGGGUCAUCCAUUAAUUACGUCACACGAAUUUCUAGGUUUUUUUACCCCUCCCCCCCCCCUCCUUGUCACACUUGGUCACAUUUGGCAAACCCCUCCCCCCUAGUGUGACGUCACAUUUUUUCUACGAAAUUGCCAAAUCGAAUUAAGUAAAUACCUGAGUAUUAUUAAUAUUUUAUCAAAAUAUUUUUGACGAUAUAAAUAUUAGUAAUUUUAUACCCAAAACUGUUUAGGAAAGAAAAUUAAACGAAUAAAAACGAUUAUCGUUUUAAAAACUUGUUAUUUACAUGUACAGCGAAUAAAAUAAUUUAAAUAAAUUUUCAUGAAGUUAAAGUGACGUCACAAAGUUUGUGUCUCCCCCCUCCCCCAUGUCACAAUAUGUCACAUUUUCUUGACCCCCUCCCUCCCCCUAAACGUGUGAUGUAAUUAAUGGAUGACCCCUAAAUGGAGUAGGUAGUUGGAGGUAAGUAAUAAAAAGAAAAUUUACAGAUAGGUACAUAUCUUUGCCAUAUUACAAUUCUUUUUAAUUUCAUGAUAUCUUUUUGGUUUGAAAUUAAUAAUGAGAUUACAGGCUCCAUGAAUUUUCGAUUAUUAUUAUUUAUUAUAGGCAAAAGGUUCGCCUCUAUAAAUAAAAAAUACGUCACUUUUUGAAUGAUAACCUGUUUUUAAACUUUUCAUUUCAAUAUGUUUUUUUUUAUAUUCGUGUCACUAUUUAUGUUGGACGGCGCUAAAAUAUGAAAUACUGUUGGGACUGGGACUGUUUCUGUCACUUUCUCACAACUUUUGCGUGAGCACCGCAAUAGUAUAGUGUUAUUUGACAAUAUUUGUAAAUAGCUUUUCUUUCGGUCUAACUUCUAGUAUUUUUAUUAUUAUUUAUAAUAUAAACAUUACGAUGUACUCGCAUUUUUGCAUUUGUCAUUUUGUUAUUAUUAAAAGUACUAAUUUAGUUACAGUUAUUUAAGCACUAGCAUAAAUAUUUGUGUAUAUUAUUUAAAAUUUAGAAUAAUUUAAGUUUUCUUUUUAUUUUAGUUCAUUUAUAAAUUUAGAUCUCAAACGAUUGUCUCGCGAUUAUAUAUUAAAUAUUAGAUUAUAUUCACGUGUACAGUUUUCAGUAGUUGGUUGUGAGUUACAUGAAUUUACAAACAGAUUCAAAAAUUUCAAAAAGUCAGCAGAAUAUUAUUAAAAUUAAUGUAGUCGCCAUCAGAUAUAUCGGAGCGGCCAAGGUGUUCACAAAUAUCUGAACACGCCUCUAUUGUCAGGGCGUUAGAGUGCGCGUUCAGAUAUUGUGAACACCUUGGCCGCUCAGAUAUAUCUGAUGGCGACUGUGCACUGAUGUAAAAGCCUCUAAAUGAAACAUAUUUUAAUGUGGACAAGACACAUACAUAGCCAAGUUUUUGUUUUUUUUUAAGUGAAUAUUUUGCAAUCGAAAUACGACACAUUUUUUGAAUUUUCGAAUCUGAUGCACUCAUAAUGUUCAAAACCAUCGUUUGUGAAUUACAAAAGUUUAGAAGUGCCAUUAUAAAUAUUAUAUUCAUAGUAUUUUCGUACUUCGGCAAUAGUUGUAAGAUAUUAGGUAUAUUUGGUUAUUUAUAUUAAGAGAAGGCACGGUUGGAAAAGGAGAAAAAAUGGCAGAAUAAUACAUUUUCUAUUAUUCUUGUUUUUAUUUCACUUUAUUACUUAAUGCUGUUUCAGAACUUAAACCUUUUUUAUUUUUAUAAUAUUUGUCCUCUUUUUUGGACCACUCCUGAAAUAUAUCCUUUACCGAUUUUUCUAAGCUAAAAUCUUGAUAUUGGUGGAGAUUGACAGAAUGUUCCAUUUUAUAACUUAAGUACACCACACUAAAGUCUACAUUUAUUUAAAUAGACACCAUUUCUUCUCCUUUCUCACCGUUGGAUGCGAACCCAAAGAUAGUUUAUUUCGUGCCAUUAAAAAAAACUCCACAAAAAUGCAGUAAUAUAUUUUCGUAAGUUGUAAACGAAAUUAUCGUCUAAAAAAGUCAUUUUUUAAUCUUAACUACAGUAAUAUAUUGUAUUGAGAAAUUCGGCCUAUUUCUUUUUGUAAUUAUACAGGGUAAGCAUAGUAUAAUAUGUAUGUUUUUGUUUUGAAGUUUGCUUGAGCGAUGGAGCCGCUUUUGACGCGUUGGUUUGUUGGUUAGUAUAGAAACACGUGUGAUAUACCAUUUAUUCAGCAAAUACCACUUUAUAAUAAAGCCCUGCUGGAUUGACGUACAUUAAACUAUUGUAGACCUACUACAGUCAUGCACACAUUGUACGUUAUGCUAGCAUAGCCUCACGAUACUGUUAAUUUAUGAAGUGGUUCUGCUGAAGUGACGGUUGCAAUGUCCGUAAGUAAGUAGUUUUCAAAUAUCAUAAGAUGUUGCUGAUUUUUGUUUAAGAAACCUUUUCAGAAUAUUGAGACUAGUUAUAGUGCAUUUAAGACUUGAAACUGCUACUUAGGCCCACUUACACCAUUCCACUAACCCGGGGUUAAGCGGUUAAACUGUUAACCUAGUGUCAAAUUGUAUGGCUAACCAUGGCAACUCCUGGUUUAACCGGUUAACCCCGGGUUAGUGGAAUGGUGCAAGUGGGCCUUACACUACUAGAUGUAAAGGCACGUUUACACUGAUCUGUUAUCAGUCGUCCAGCGGCGGUAGCAUGGUCAGGCUCACUCCGCGAUUUCGUCACGUCGCUGCAAGUACAUGCGGCCCACACCAAUUUUGGUGUCUAGCAGUAGUUGUUGCCGCGCACCGCUACGGAGCGGACGCCAGACUCGCGCUUGCGCUUAUAUCUCUCGUAAUAGACGCGUUUUGUUAGAGAGUGAACCUUCUGUACCUAAUACUUUUAUUUAUACUGUGACAUGGUUGCGUUUAUAUCGCCUGUCACGCUAUAACAGGUAUUUAAGUGCGAAAGUGACGCAUGACAUAGGCGAUAAAAACUCGACCAAUGCUAUCGCCGCUGAUUAGGUUAUUUUAUAUUUUUUAUCAAACUGAUUCAGAUCAUUGUAAAUAUGCCAAAAUACUGCAUAAAAUAGUAUCAGUUUCAAAUCUUAUGGCUCCUCUAGACGAUGGGCCAACGCCGGCCACUCCAUGGGACACAGCCAUGCGGUACAAUGAGAUAGCAAUAUCACUUGCUCCCUCUAACGCAUAAAUGCGUCCCUUAGACUGGCCGGCGUUGGCCCAUCGUGUAGAGGAGCCAUUACAUUACCAACAACGUAACUAGAACUUAGGGUCCAUGCCAAAAUGCAUCUUAUCAUUGUCGCCAUAAGGUCUAAUGUCGAACAAGUAGCGUGGGCGUUUCGUUCAUGAGAUGUUUAUUGUUGAGACGGAAUGCUUAUGAAAGCUCAGUUGUGCAAACAUUUAUUAAAGAAAGGAUUUCGUAUUUUGCUUGUUGCCAUCUCUAUUGCACGCGCAUAAUUAUUAUAUUGCUGUCACGCUCGCACAGUGACAUUGACAGAUGGGCGGGACAGCAAUAUAAUUAUGCGCGUGCAAAAGAGAUAGCAACAGGUAACCCUUACCUGAUAGACGGUGUUCGCCAUUUUGAUCUUAACAAAAAUUUGAGUAACUAAAACCUAAUGCGGGUGUACACACUCGUCGAGAGCAUCUCGCCAAGAGUCUCUGACAAUUGGUGAACGGCGAGACGGGACGAGUAAGAGCGAGACGAUAGGAGGGAGCAGUAUGUACACACUCGUUCUCGGUUCAGGGUAUCUCGAGUGUGUACAGCCGGCAUUAGGCUAUAAUUGAAAUGAGUGUUUGAGCAACUGAAGAGAGAUUUGGUACCUAUAUGUCAAUGUGUUUGUUUUCUACGAAACCCACACAUCGAUAGGUGCUGUAAGUAAUAUAGUAGGGAUAAUGAUUCGCGUUUGCAACUAUCAAUUAAAAAAAAUUGAGAGCCAAAAACGCCUAGACUUAAACCAAGAUAAGUCUGCAGCGAUUUGAUAACCCACGCAGUGCGUUAUUUUAAACGUCAAUUCUUGGGAUUAGAUGCCAAGCGGACCCUAUUAGAACUGUCAGAUGGUUGCAAACGCGAAGCCCCGGUGCUGUACAGUUGUUAGGAAGUGCACUUGUCUAGGCGUCGCUAGCUACGCGUUAUAUUUUUGGACAGAUUCACUGAUUACAAAUAUAUGAUGAUA